AUGCUGUCAACCAUGAUAAGAGUAUUUUUUUUUGAUGAUGGUGAUGAUGAUGAUGAUCUUGAGAGCAAGAAGAGCAUUUGGUGGUUUUUUGACAAGUCACUGAAACUUCACAAUGCACCAGUCUUAGAAGUAUUGCUUAUUAGUCUUGGUCCACGAUGUCCUAGUGAUGCUAAUAUUGGAAAUUGGGUUGCAAAGGCUGUUGAACGCGGUGUGGUCGUGGUAAAUUUCAAUCUUCGCUGGUCAGCAGGUCCAGCCAGAUUGCCUAAGAGCCUUUACACCUGCGAAACACUCAAAGAACUGACUCUAUCUAACAAAGUUCUUGUGGAUUUUCCUUCUUCUUCCUGCCUCCCAUCACUCAACAGACUUCAACUUUUCAGUGUGGUAUAUAAAGAGGAGGCUUCUCUCGCUAGGUUCUUAUCUAGUUGCCCUGUCCUUGGAAUAUUGAUCAUGAAAAGAAAGAAGAGUGACAAUUUGACAAACUUAAUCAUGAAAGUGCCUUCUUUAAGGAUGCUAUGGUAUCGUAGUACAACAUGGAUGGAAGAUGACACUGAUGUAGUGGAUAGCGAUAGUUGUUUGGUUAUAGAUACUCCGGCAUUAAUAAAGUUUGACGUCGCUGAUUAUUCAAGAAACUCUUGGUCGAUCGGGAAUAUGCCUUGUCUUGAGGAGGCAUAUAUUAGCGCCAGCGAUUUAUCUAUUUUUGACAAGAUCAUAACAGCUUCAUCGGCGAUCCUGUCUCUUGACUUGACUUUCGAAGAUGAAAUGCUUGUGCGUUGCAGCACCCUAAGAUUUUCUCGACUUAUAAAGUUAUCUCUAGAUCCAAAUAGAUCAGACUGGUUGGAACCACUCUUACUUUUACUUAAAAAUACUCCAAAACUUGAACAACUUUUGGUAAAUUAUGCUGUUGAUCGCGGCGUGAUCGUGGUAAAAUUCAAGCUUCACUGGUCAGCAGGUCCAACCACAUUGCCUAAGAGCCUUUACACCUGCAAAACACUCAAAGAAUUGACUCUAUCUAACAAAGUUCUUGUGGAUUUACCUUCUUCUUCCCCUUCCUGCCUCCCAUCACUCGAAAUACUUCAACUUUCCUGUGUGGUUUAUAAAGACGAGGAUUCUUUCACUAGGUUCUUAUCUAGUUGCCCUGUCCUUGGAAUAUUGAUUGUGGAUAGAAAGAAGAGUGACAAUCUGACAAACUUUAUUGUGAAAGUGCCUUCUUUAAGGAUGCUAUGGUAUUAUGAUUCAACAUGGCUGGAAGAUGACACUGAUGUAGUGGAUAGCGGUAGUUGUUUGGUUAUAGAUACUCCGGCAUUAAUAAAGUUUGACGUCACUGAUUAUUCAAGACACUCUUGGUCGAUCGGGAAUAUGCCUUGUCUUGAGGAGGCACAUAUUAAUGUCGAGCCUUUAUCUAUUUUUGACGAGAUCAUAACAGCUUGUUCGGCGAUUUUGUCUCUUCACUUGACUUUUACCGAUGAAAUGAUUCACGUACAUUAUACUGGGUGGGAUCACUCUUACUUUUACUUGAAAAUACUCCAAAACUUGAACAGCUUUUCGUAA